UAUUGUUUUUUUUUAAUAAUAAAUGAAUAUAUAAAAAAAAUGGAGAGUAAAAAUUCAGCAGUUUUAAACGUAGUGUCGGAGCAAAAAGAUAUUUCGUCCAUACUUAAAGAUAAGGCUAAAGAUCUAGACCGAUCCAGUGUGUGUAGCGAAUCAACAUUUGAUAACGAUAAUUCGUUGGUUCAGUCACCUAGUAUAGAGAGCUUUUCCACAAUACAAGAUAUAGAAAAUUUAUCGGAAUUAAACAUGGACGAAGAUACAGAUCUUUAUGUUAAAAUUGAUAAUCCGGAAAAGCACUUGGAAACAUUGGAAACGUAUAUAACGUUUCGCAUAAGCACUAGGGUAGCUAGGAUCGAGUUUACCUCUCACGAAUACGUAGUUAGAAGACGCUACAAUGAUUUUUUGUGGCUUAGGCAAAAAUUACUUGAGUGCCAUCCGUUUUCUAUUAUACCUCCUCUGCCAGCAAAACAUUCGUUAAUGGGCCAGUUAGAUCGAUACAGCAAAGAUUUUAUUUUAUUAAGAAUGAAAUUCUUGAAUUUGUUUUUAAACAGGAUCUGUAGCCAUCCAAUAUUAAGUUGUAAUGAGCAUUUUAAAUUAUUUUUAACAGCUAAUCAUAUUGAGUUUGCAGCUCAUAAAAGAAAAAGUUCAUCUUCGAGCAGUUCUAAUGGAAUUAUACCUGUAAACCAAGUUAUUUCUUCACAUUCCGCUCUGAAAACCACUAACAUAGAGUUUGAUAAGACUAAAUCAUAUUUAAGUACAUUAACAGACAAACUGAGCUCGAUAGAAAGAAUAUCUUACAGGAUAAACAAGGAAAGACAAGAUUUAAUUUCAGAUAUAAACAAUUUUUACCCGAUUUUCACUAUGUGGUCGGCCAAUGAGCCUGAACUGGCUGUAACUUUAGAAAACAUUAGUCACGCUAUAGAGAGAAGCACAGCAGCACAAGGGGCUCUGGUUCAUAGCUAUCCCAACACUAUGACAAAUCCGAUAAAAGAUUUUUUACAGUACAUUGAAGUAGUUCAAGAGACUUUAAGAAAAAGGGAAUCGUAUCAGUCUGCUUAUGAGUGUUCUUUGGAGGAAUUGAAUAAGAGGCAUGGUGAAAAGGACAAGUUGUUAGCGAUGUCUCAGAACCCUAGUCAGAGUUCAGGUAGUUUUACUUUGUGGAAACAGCCUUCUAACGAUGAUAAAUUAGAAAAAUUAGGAACACAUAUUCCCCAGUUGUUAAAAAAAGUAGAAUCCAGCCAGGAUAGCCUGGAAAUGGCCAAUGAAUGCUUGAGAAGCGAUUUAGAGUAUUGGCAACAGGAAAAAUUGAGGUGUGUAAAAAAAAUCUUGCUGGAUUUUGUUACGAAGCAGAUACAUUUCUAUGAAGCUUCGGUGAAUGCUUGGGAGUAUGUUACUAACGAAAUAAGUAAAGAAAAUGUCGCUUCACACAGGGCGAAUUCUAGUACCAAAUGAUAUAGGAAGAAUUUUAUUUUGCUUUAAAUUAGGAUAGGUAUAUAUCGAUAUUAGAUCUCGUUUUCUACAUUCCAAAUAUUUAUCUUUGUUUUUUUUAAGUUUAUUAUAGAGGAUUAAUUUAAAUUAACUAUUGAUAGGAGAUGUUUAAAAAAAGAUUUAUUUAAUUCGAAUAUAAUAACCAAAUUUAUUGGUUUGGUUUCAAAGAAUAAUGUAAUAUAGGAAGAGUUUUUUUCU